GCCGGCACGUGGAGCUUCCUGCCCGCAGGGGGCGCCGCGCGCGCGCGCCGCUCUUGUUUGUCAACACCCGAGCGUGACGUUAGCAACCGCACUGGCCACACUUCUUCUCCCUCUUACAAGCUAACGACUUGCCGGCGUGAUUUGUUUCCUUCCCUUUGCAGAUGUUCCAAAUAAAUCCACUUGAGCGGUUUGCGUUUGUCGUCGGCCAUUUGUUUGUUUGUACAUGGAAAAAGGCGCGAUGGCCCCCACCGUGCUUGGCUUUCAGUGGCCACUGCAAAUGACCUUUUGCAAUUCUGCUCCAAAGGUUCCACCUUGCCCUAAAUCAGGGGUGGGCAAUUCCGGUCUUCGAAGGCCGGUGUCCUGCAUGUUUUAUAGGUCUCCCUGCUGCAACACACCUGAUUCAAAUGAUCAGGAUUGUUAUCCAGCUUCUGCAGACCUUGCUAAUUAUCUGACCAUUUGAAUCCGGUGUGCUGCAACAGGGUGACAUACAAAACAUGCAGGGCACCGGCCGGCCCUCGAGGACCGGAAUUGCCCACCCCUGCCCUAAAUUGUUGGCAGGUUUCGAGUGUUUUUGAGUUCUCCGCAAGACGGGUUUGCCACCCCGCCCGGCCCAGAGUGUUGCGACAUGUUCCACACAGCCGGUAGUAGCUAGAAAAUCUCCUCUCUGCGCUCGCCUGCUUUUUUUUUUUUUUUUUCUCUCACAUCUAGACGUCAAUGCUUUGCUGGACGAUGGCGGUGUAUCUUCUCCGCGUUCCUUUCGAUUCUAAGUGUCUCGGAACAUUUACUUGUAGGCGCCUUCGGACUUUUACCUUGGUACUACGAGAGGCCUCUGAUAACGCGGAACGUCUGUUUGGAUAACGGCUCAAGCUGUCGAGAAAGGCUGUCUAGAACCGAUUUGAGCCACUUUGUGUGCAGACUGUGGUCGAACGGGACUAAUUGGUGCUCUGCUCACUCGCAGUCGGGUGGUCGAGGCCAGCGAAUCAAACGCACCCUACAGCCAGAGGCGCCUUGGUAUCCCUCCCCUUGCUCGGCCCCCUCCCCGCUUUUUCCCCCAUCUUCACAGCCUGGCUGUGUGUGUAUGUGUGUGUGUGUGUGUGUGUGUGUGUGUGUCUCUCUGUGUGUCUGUGCGCGCGCGCACGCAUGCAUGUGCAUUUGGACUGAAGAGUCCGACAGAAAGUUUUAGAAGAAAAGUGAGGAGGAGGAGGACCACGCUGUGUUUUGGAGGUGAAAUGUGGCAGGACAGGAAGCGGCACUAGACAUGGUGGCGCGCUGCCGAGUGGGCGGGGCUGGGAGGCCCGCGGUCAUCCUGAUGUGGGCGGGGCUUCAUGCGUACGCUAUCGGGUGCGAGUGGUCCAAGUGCGGAUCUGUGUCGACGGAGUCCGAGGGCCGGCUGACGUCCCCGUGUUAUCCGAGCAAGUACGGCAACUCCCAGAGUUGCCAGUGGAGUCUGCGAGCGCCGCCGGGCUUCGUCGUGCAGAUCUCGUUCGAGGACUUUGAGCUGGAGGAGGCGCCGGGAUGUAUCUACGACCGGCUCACUGUCGCCACGGGCAACGGCAAGGUCAAGUUCUGCGGUCUGACGGCCGCCGGCCUGGUUCUCAACUCCAGCGGGAGCGUCAUGGACCUGGAUUUCACUUCUGACUUCAGCAUUCAGAAAAGAGGCUUCAGGAUCAGCUUCAGACACGUCGCCGUGGCAUUGAGAAAUCAGAAGAUCAGCGUCGCCGGCGGCAAUGUGCCGGGGGCCCGAGUGUCACCUUCCGUUGACGUGCCGACGCUGCAUCACCUGACUCUGUGCUUGGAGAUGGAGCGAAGCGGGCCUCCGCAGCAGGUGGAGUGGAUCUUCACGUACAGCGACGCCGACGGCGAGACGGCGCUGGCGCUGGGAGCGCACCAAGGCCGCGUGGAAAUGGUGCUGGAGGGCGUGACGUGCUCGCUGGACUCCAUCGCGACGGCGGCCGACUGGACCUCCUCCAUGGCGGGCUUGUGUGUGCUGUGGGCCUCGUCCAGCGGUCGCGUAGGCGUCUACUAUGACGGCAACCACUGGGCCAAGACCUGCUCCGACUCCGCCGGGCGCUCCGUUUCGGGCGGCGGCACCUUUCGCCUGGGAGGGCCGAGCAGCUUUCGGGGCAGCGUGUACAACGUUCGCCUUUGGGACUAUGCCAUGACGGUGCAGCAGCUCAACGCGCUCACUUGCCACGCGGCCGGAAACGUCAUCGACUGGGACAACAGCUUCUGGGACGUGCCCCCUGGCCUGGCCCGGACGGACGGCGCCCUAAGCUGCAGCGUGUCCCUGCCCAGCGGCGGCUCCGUCCACGGCAAAUGCGACUCCUCGCGCCCGGGAUGUCCAGCCGCUUCCUCUCCCGCUGGCUCCACUAACACCACCCAUGCUACUAAUGCAACACACACUCACGUGUAUGUGCAGCAGGACAGGUAUGGAAAAUAUGGGGUUGCGUCAGUAUCGCCUGGCCCCUGGAUGCGCAGCGCCCGGCCCCGCUUUGUCUCCACGCCGGCCGCAAAGACGAGUUCCGGUGGUCCGGGACGCCGACGGAAGAGGCACGCUGGUGUUUCUGGAUUCCCCAAAGUACCCCCUCAGGAAUCACCCCACUCACGGCACAUGUCUGCUCCCCCCAAAAAAGAAGCCACAACCUCCUCCACACCAGCCCCCCCCGGGCUGCCUGCCUUCCCGCCACGAUUGUCGGGUGGGCGGCGGCCCUUCCUGGCAUUGGUCUCCACGCCGCUCAGGAAGCGUCCGGGCAGCGGUCGCUUGCCUGCCGCCGCUACGAGAGCCCAGCCUGAGCAGCGGGCCACGGCCAUCAUCGCUAAGCCUCCCGUGUCCCGAGCUAACGCCGUCGCUGGAACAGAAAGCGGAGCCCUCAGCCGACGGGACGGAGCUUCAACCGUCCAGAGGUUUUCAAGCAGGACCGAUCGCACGCGCGCCGAUGACGCUUUUGCCCUGGCGCAUUCGCUGCCUUUUUUUCUCCACAACUCGCCGCCCAGAAGCUCAUUGGCUCCUUUGACUGCUCCGUACAUCUUAACUCCGCCCUCCCGUCGCCCUGACCGCCCCGGCCAAAUACGGGCCGGCAUCCACGGUCCUUCCCCGCAUCCGCCGAGCGGGACCUUCGGAACUCCUCCAGCCAUUGAAUCGGAAAGAGCGCCGAGAGAGCUGAUCGAUCGGCUGACGGGCCGAGAGCCUUCGCUUCCUCUUCCUGCGACCGGCAGGGAGGCUGCGCUUGUGCCGCGGCGAGCCACCGCUUCCUCGGGUGCUGGCCGGUCACUUUCCCAUUUGUCAAAGGCACUUCCGGAGAUGCAGGAGGCGGGGCCGGCAAGGACGACAGCCUUUCGCAUUGACUCCGCCUCCUACCGACGUGGUUUGGCCAUCCUCCCCAAACCUUCUCUACUUCCUCCUCUUUGGCAUCAAAGCCCUCCUCUUCCUCAUUUGACUCCUCUUUAUCAUGUAACCACGCCCCUUACUGCCAGGAAUUCUCCCCUCCCUCUCUUGACCCCUGGGUCUUUGGCACCGCCUCUUCCACCUUUGACUCCUCCUCUUCAUACUCCUGCGUUCAGCCCGCCCCCCGCACUACGCCCGCCCUCGGCGAGCGUUCCCGCCCUCGCAUCGGUCACGCCUCCGAGCGCCGUCUCGUCCGCCCUCCCGCUGCCGAGCCCCAUCCCCGCGCGACGUCCCCACAACAACACUGCUGCGAGCCUGUGGGGGGCGUUUCCAUGCAAGCACGGCCGUGACUGGACGAGGGACAAGGCCUCAUUCUACAGGCUGGCUUUGGCGGUGCACGAUGGGAGCUCAACGCUGACUGGAGCAGACGUGGAGGAAGCUGUGGCCUCUUGGCUGAAUGAGACGUUCAGCAACUGGACUCGCGCCGCCUCCGUGGACUCGCUCAGCGUCCGGCCCGAAGGUCACUCCAGCUUCCUGUGUCAUGCGCUGCUGCGCCACCGCGACAUCGCCCACGACCUCUCCCGUGUCCCGGCGGAGGUCCGGGACAGAAUCUCCAGUGGCGAGCCUCGCAUCGGCGCCGGUCUGGAGGUUGACACGCACUCCGUUCGUGUCAGCCCCUUGGAGAACUGCCCCGAAGAUGAGGCGCUUCACUACCGGUGGCCCGAGAGCCGGCCCAGCGCAGCUCACUUUCUGCCCUGCUUCCCCAACAAGGAACAGAGCGCCACCCGCAGCUGCUUGAUCGACUUUGACAACUUUUUGUCUUUCUGGUCACCUGCCGACUUCAGCAAUUGCACAGACAUCGACGGCAUCCGCGUUUCGGCAGACAACGCGGCCGAGGUGGCCGUGCAGCUCGCCGCCAUCACCGACAACCGUCUGUCCCGGGAAGAGGUGUCCAAAGUGGUGAGCAAAGUGCAGGAGCUGGUGGACGUGGCCAACAUCAACACCAGCUUGGCCUCCACCGUAGUCACCAUCAUCUCCAAUGUGAUGAACAGUCCCCACAGCGCACUGGCACCCGCCUCAGACAGGGCCUUGAAGGCGGUGGACCGUCUUUUGGACAAGUUGCAGUUCGAAGGCUCCAGCGUGAGCAUCGGCUCAAGGCGCCUAGCUUUGGGGGUGUCUGCUUUCAAUGCGUCCGCCUACAACGGGACGUCCUUCAGCGCCUUCAUCCCCGCAAACUCCACCGACCCUCAGAUUGACUUUGAGUCGGAGCAAAUGGACUCGCUGGCUCAAGUGGUGCUCCCGGCCUUGCUGCUGUCAGGGGUGGAGUCGUCGGCGCCGACUCGCAUCAAUUUCCUGUUCUUCGGCACCACCGGCCUCUUCCAGCCGGAGCAGGACGGCCGCGCUCUGAUCAGCUACGUGGUGGCGAGCAGCAUUGUGAACCGCAGCGUCAGCAAGCUGAAGGAGCCCGUGGAGAUCCGCAUCUCUCAUCUGGCACCUCAAACCGUCCUCAGCCCUGUCUGUGUUUUCUGGGACUUCAGCAUGAACGGUGGCGCCGGAGGCUGGAAUGGCGACGGCUGCCGUGUGUCUGCAGAAUCGGGCGUCAACAAAACCGUUUGCCUGUGUGACCACCUGACGCACUUUGGGAUCCUUAUGGACAUUUCCGGAGUGUCUCCGCACAUCGACCGUCGUAACAACCGCAUCUUGACCUUCAUCACCUUCAUGGGCUGCGCCGUGUCAGCCGUCUUCUCGGCCGCCACACUGCUCACCUACGCCGCCUUCCAGAAGUUGCGUCGAGAUUACCCUUCCAAGAUCCUGAUGAAUCUCAGCGCGUCGCUACUGCUCCUCAACAUGAGCUUCCUGCUCAACGGCUGGCUGUCGUGGCAACGGAGCGAGGCGCUGUGUCUGGCGGCUGCGGCGCUGCUUCACUACUUCCUGCUGACAUCCUUCACGUGGAUGGGCCUGGAGUCGGUGCACAUGUACAUUGCGCUGGUCAAAGUGUUCAACACCUACGUGCAUCGAUACAUCCUCAAGUUCUGCCUGCUGGGCUGGGGCCUUCCCGCCGUGCUCGUGGCAUUGGUCCUGGCCGUGGACAAGCGCUCGUACGGACCCCAGGAGUACGGCGGACACUUUGGCGGCGAUGGAUCGUCACAGUUCUGCUGGAUCCGGAGUGCUCUGGUGUUCUACACGGCGUGCGUGGCCUACUUCUGCCUAGUCUUUCUGCUCAACGUGGCCAUGUUUAUUGUGGUUAUGCUGCAAAUCUGUGGGCGCAACGGCAAGCGCGGAAACCGCACGCUGCGACAGGAGGUGGUCCGCAACCUUCGCAGCGUGGUCAGCCUGACCUUCCUGCUGGGGAUGACCUGGGCCUUUGCCUUCUUUGCUUGGGGCCCGGUCAGCCUAGUCUUCGUCUACCUCUUUGCCAUCUUCAACUCGUUGCAAGGACUCUUCAUCUUCUUUUUCCACUGCGCCCUCAAAGAGAAUGUGCAGAAGCAGUGGAGACGCUCGCUUUGCUGCGCUCGCUUCAGACUCUCGGACAACUCCGACUGGAGCAAAACGGCAACAAACAACACUAAGAAAGCAACGUCAGAGCAGGCUGCCCAGUCCUUGUCGUCGGGCUCCUUUGGCUCCAGCACUGCCCACUGGACCGCCAAAGCCAAAAUCUCACUGACGCCUUUCAGCAACUCAGAGAAGCAAAAUCCGACCGGGACUUUUUCCUCAAAGGCGCAGCCCAUCAUGUCGUCUUCAUCCGUCCUUCCCGUCGGCCAGAUGAUUGACAAGGUUAAAGGUUACUGCUCAGCGCGCUCCGACGGCUUCUAAAAGCACACACAAGCCCCGUCCAGACGACCACGCCCUACCGGAGUACCAUGAUGUUACAGCAAACUGGAAGCGGCGACGUGGCGUGAGCGAGCGCCAAACUAAUUCUUCAGCAGUGUCCAGCUACUGCCUCGCUAAAACAUUAUGCUAAAGCAGUAUGCUAAAGCAUUCUGUUUGAUGCUGCCGCAUAGAAAUAAAGAAGACAAUUUUGAUUUAC